AUGUCGAAACCCUCUUUGAGCCGCCAGUCCAGUGACUUGCAGGAUGCUGCUCUUGGAGGAGGUGCACCUCGAUCCAGCGCCCUUUCAAGUCGUAUCUCCAGCGUCUUAUCAGCAUCUUAUGCUGACUUAGAGAUUCGCGAUGCGCUGGAGACGCUUGAUGCCCGGGGUAUUCGCAACACGCAGGAGACCCGCCGCAAUCUGAUGCUGGAUGCGCAACGGGAGGUCAUUCAAUGCAAUGGAGAGAUUGUGCAGGAUUUUGGUCGCGUCGCGGAGCAAUUGCGCCGCGUUGGGACUGCUAUUCAGGCAUUGAAUAAGUGCUGUGCAGAUAUGCGGGCCCAGAUUACUGCGGCAAACGGCGAAACAAAGCCAAUGCUCGACGAGACGUCUGCCUUGAUAAAUAAAAAGGCCGAGACGGAAAAGAAGCAGCACCUUUUGGAUGCGCUCAAAUCCCACUUCAUCAUUUCGGACGAGGAUCUUGUUACUUUGACCUCCACAGUUGAACCUGUAAAUGAUGAGUUUUUCCAGCUUUUGACGAGAGUGAAGAAGAUUCACCACGACAGCCAGCUGCUGCUCGGAACCGAAGACCAGCGGCUGGGUCUGGAAAUCUUGGAGCAGAGCUCGAAACAACUGAGCUCAGCGUUCCAAAAGCUGUAUCGCUGGGUCCAACGCGAAUUCAAGACUUUAGACCUGGAAAACCCGCAAAUCAAUGCCUCCAUAAGGCGAUCACUGCGAGUUCUUGCGGAGAGACCUACCCUCUUCCAAAGCUGUCUAGACUUUUUUGCAGAGGCUAGGGAGCAUACCUUGUCAGACUCCUUUUAUACGGCUCUGACGGGAUCCUCCGAUCCGAACUCAACUGCCAAGCCGAUAGAAUUUUAUGCCCACGACCCUCUGCGGUAUGUGGGUGAUAUGCUGGCUUGGGUCCACUCAACCACUGUUUCUGAGCGUGAAGCUCUCGAGGUGUUGUUCAUUUCCGAGGGAGACGAAAUCGCCAAGAGUAUUCAACAAGGCUUAGAAAGUGAGCCGUGGCUACGAGGCGAAGAAGGUGAGGAGGUGUUUGACGGUAAAAAAGCGCUACACCAGCUUGUAAGCCGCGACCUGACUGGCGUUGCACGGUUACUUCGACAAAGAACGGAGCAAGUCAUUCAAAGUCACGAAGACGCGGUACUGGCUUACAAGAUCGCGAAUCUGCUUGGAUUUUACCACAACACCUUUUCAAAGCUUGUUGGCACAGAAUCUCCUAUAUUGGAUGUUCUACUUUCCUUGGAAGAAUCUGCCUUAAGACAGUUUCGCGCUAAUAUGCGGGAUCAUGUUGCUGCUGUCCAAAGCGAUUUGGCAGUGGCACCGGCGGAUCUAUCAUCUCCAGACUUCCUGGAGGAGGCCCUCGAGAUGCUCAAAGCGUUACUCAAGAGUUAUGACUCUUCCAUGGCGGCUCUAGACAACCGCGAAACUGGUUUUCAACCGGUCCUUGUCGAGGCUCUCGAUCCCUUCCUCAAUGGCUGCGAGAAUCUUCACAAACGACUACAAGAGCCAGACAAUGAUGUCUUUGCCAUCAACUGUUUGUUGGAGGCAAAAUCAGUCUUGUCGCCAUUCUCUUUUGUCCAGGAGAGGGUUGAGGAAAUGAACGAUACCAUUGACGAGCACGCCUCUAAUCUGAUUGCUUCUCAACACCGACACCUUCUGCACACUUCAGGCUUAUAUCCCCUCAAGGCCGUCCUGUCUGAGCUGUCUGAAUCCCCGGAGGACCUCAAGUCGAUACCGGAGCUAGGGCCCUUCAAACCUGAAACGUUGGUUACUACAGGGCAGCUGCUCGAUGACUUUUUGCCUUCCGCUUUGAUGGAUGCAGGAGACAACAUUAAAAGGCUGCGGAGUACGAAAAUGGCACAGGAGAUCACAGAGGCAGCGGCGGGGAAGUUCUGCGAAGACUUUGAGUUUGUCGAAAGUAGGAUUCUGGCUGCUGAUGAGCUGCGGAUGAUGGAAAUUGGUGCAGAGGAACAGCCCGCUCCGACCUUGAGAGAGCUAUUCCCUCGCACCAGUGGCGAAAUCAGAGUACUCCUGAGCUAG